AUGCCCACAUCCAAGAUGGCGCUUCCAGGAUCUGGGAGCCGUUGACCGGCGGCCGGGAAGCGGCCUGGGUUGGCCUUCAGGUUGCGGGGUCUGGGGGCAUCUCGCCGGUUACCCCCUGGCCCGCCUAGAAGGCCUUCCCUGGGCAAGAGCAAUGGCCGCCGAGAACAGCAAGCAGUUUUGGAAGAGGAGCGCAAAGCUGCCGGGGAGUAUCCAGCCUGUGUAUGGAGCACAGCACCCUCCUCUGGACCCUCGGCUCACCAAAAACAGAAGCUUUACAUUGGGUCUUCAAUCAUCUAAACUGCACGAGCAACUUCAUUAAAGAACGAUCAAAAGUUAAUACAGUUCCUCUGAAGAAUAAGAAGGCCUCCAGUUUUCAUGAGUUUGCCCGGAAUACCAGUGAUGCUUGGGACAUUGGCGAUGAUGAGGAAGAGGACUUUUCCUCCCCUUCUUUCCAAACUCUGAACUCAAAAGUUGCUUUGGCUACUGCAGCCCAAGUCCUGGAAAACCACAGCAAGCUGAGGGUGAAACCAGAACGGUCCCAGUCAACAACGUCUGACGUUCCUGCCAGCUACAAGGUCAUAAAAUCCAACAGUGAUGCCCAGCUGUCCAGAAAUUCCAGUGAUACGUGCCUGAGGAAUGCACUCCACAAACAGCAGUCACUUCCUCUUCGACCCAUCAUCCCCCUUGUUGCCCGGAUCUCGGACCAGAAUGCUUCUGGGGCACCCCCAAUGACUGUCCGAGAGAAAACCCGCCUAGAAAAAUUCCGUCAGCUUCUCUCCAGCCACAACACUGACUUAGAUGAACUGAGAAAGUGUAGCUGGCCAGGGGUUCCCAGGGAGGUUCGACCUGUAACCUGGAGACUCCUGUCGGGCUAUCUCCCAGCCAACAAGGAGAGAAGGAAGUUGACCCUGCAGCGGAAGCGGGAAGAAUAUUUUGGCUUCAUUGAACAGUAUUAUGACUCUCGAAAUGAGGAACAUCACCAGGAUACGUACAGACAGAUCCACAUUGACAUUCCAAGGACGAAUCCUCUCAUUCCAUUGUUCCAGCAACCACUUGUACAGGAGAUCUUCGAAAGAAUUCUGUUUAUUUGGGCCAUCCGACACCCUGCCAGUGGGUAUGUCCAGGGAAUUAAUGACCUGGUCACUCCGUUCUUUGUCGUCUUCCUAUCAGAAUAUGUGGAAGAGGAUGUGGAGAACUUCGAUGUGACCAAUUUGUCUCAGGACAUGCUGCGAAGCAUUGAAGCCGACAGCUUUUGGUGCAUGAGCAAACUGCUGGAUGGCAUCCAGGAUAACUACACCUUUGCACAACCAGGGAUCCAGAAGAAGGUCAAGGCGCUGGAAGAGCUUGUCAGCCGGAUUGAUGAGCAGGUACAUAAUCACUUCAGGAGGUACGAGGUUGAAUACCUACAGUUUGCCUUUCGUUGGAUGAACAACCUGCUCAUGCGGGAGCUUCCCCUUCGCUGCACCAUCCGACUGUGGGACACGUACCAGUCUGAACCAGAAGGGUUCUCCCACUUCCAUCUCUACGUGUGUGCAGCUUUCCUGAUCAAGUGGAGAAAAGAAAUCUUGGAUGAGGAGGACUUCCAGGGUCUCCUCAUGCUGCUACAAAACCUACCUACGAUACACUGGGGCAACGAAGAGAUCGGGCUGCUUCUCGCCGAGGCGUACAGACUCAAGUAUAUGUUUGCCGACGCCCCCAAUCACUACCGCCGAUAGGUGCUGUCUCCCCUUGGGAACCCAGACUGCCCCCAUCUCUGAUGGCGAUCUGAUCACUGUGGACACUGUGCGAGCUGUGGACCCCGGCCAGGAACUACUCCUGCUGUAGAACACUCACAUCUGCCGCCCAGGUCUUAACUUUUCGGCGUGCCUAUCCACCACCUCAUGUCUCCGGGUGGGUCUCCUGGACCGCUGUCAGUAUUCCGUGCCACGUGGAUGGGCCCAGCCCUGGGAGAGGACUGAAAAGGAGGUACAGGGUUGUCUGCCCCUUUAAAAGAAACUGGACAAAUGAAGGGGAAGGCUCAGGGUCUUAACUCACAUCAUCCCUCCAUGGAUUGGCUGUCUCUUGCCUCCUAGCCCCAACUGAUACUGUUGCUUUUUGUCACGUGGUUUGAUUUAAUCACAGGUCAAAAAUGCCUUAUGUUUUCAAAAUACUCCUGGCCCCCUCUCCCCUGUUCCCAGUUCCUAGCCCUUUUACCUUCUGUCCUGGUCUGAGCCAGUGAGGGGCAGCUUUUUAAGACCAUUGUUCUCAGAUGGAGCGAGGUACUGAUGCUUAUAACUCUGGGAAGAGGCCUGCACCCAAGGGCUAGGAGUUUUAUUUUUCCUUUUGUCACCAGUAUGUGAGUGUGCAUUUGUGUGCAUAGGUGGGUGUACACACCCAACAUGUAAUUACAUGUCUGAAUUCCUUUAUCCAGACUAGCCCCAUCAGCUGGGAACGGCCCCAGUGACUAAGUGUACAAGUGUCCCUUGAGAAGGAUCAGGGCAGGGAAGGGAGGAGGGGCGUUUUACCUCUCCCAAUCCUUUUUCCAUGAUGACCCACUCCAAGAUAUUAUGUGUAAAUUGUGUUAUUAUGUAUAUGGGUAAAGAUGUACAAAUAUAUGUCCUCUUUGUAGCAGAUAUGAUUUUAUAUUUAUAAUGUGCAUCAACAUGUGAAAGCAAUCCAGGUCACUAGCACAGGUGAAGCUGCCAGGGAGGUGGCGUCAGCACCUCCAGGUUGGUUUCUGGGUGCCGUCCUGUGAGGGAGGCGCAUGGGCGUCUGUUAGCAUGAGCAUCACUGAGCAGAUGGGGCUGCUGUGAGACCAGUGGCAGCCAUCCCCAACAUCAGUGUCCCAGAGUUUUUCUUCCUGCCCCACUCCCCUCCCGCUCCAGGCCUUGGUGCAGCACCUACCCUGCUCCUUCCAUCUUCGGACAGAGCUCCCCACCCUCCUCCCCUAGCAGCCUCCUGGAGAGAGGAUCGCAGAGGCAGAAGCCCUUCUGCAUGUGUUUAGCCCCUGCCUUUCCCCAGAAUCUGAGGAGGGCUUUUGUUUUUACAUUUUUAAGUCAGCGUUGUAUUAAAGACAAAAGCUGUGACUGACAGUGCCAAGGAAAGGGGUUUCCCAUGUGUCUCUGAGGUUUGGGGCUCUUCUCAGAGACAGGCGUCCAGUGUCCCCCGCUAUCAUGAUCACACCUCACCCAGCUCCUGAGCUGUGUGACCCAUGAUCGAUUUUUGGUGUUUGGUCGUGGAGAAGUAGGGAUGGUGGCAAGCAGAUGUCAUCUUCUUGAGAAGCCAAGCGGUGUCCCUGGUGGGUGGCACCCUUGCGUCUCUGCCAGUGGAGCCCCUCCACACAGGCAGGCGUGUUCCGUUUCUCAUCGGGAGCUGCGUCUCAGGCAUUCUUCCUAACCCCGCGCCGCCCCUUCCGUGUGCCUCCGUCUCUUCCGCAGAGAGGGCUCGUGACCCGUCCUCAGCCGGACUGAAGAAAGACACUCGUGUUCCCAAGUGGUGGUUUUAUUUUUUUAGUUUUUAUGUUUGUAUGGGAAAUUGUGGAUAAAGUGAAAGAAUUGUAAAUAAAUGGUGUAUUUCCUCCUCCA